UUAAACAAAUUAAAUGACGUACGGGGGCCGACGCGCGGCCGCAAAACACACUGUCACUCGCAUAAUAUUUUUAAUGAGAAAUGAAAGCCGUGUCCAAUAAAAACAAUUUUUGAGUAUUCCGGAAACCGUUUUCGAUAUCAUAAAUGGCGGUAGUAAUUGAAACCACAAUUGGCGACAUCACGGUUGAUUUGUUUUUGGACGAACGACCCAAAGCCUGUUUGAAUUUUCUAAAAUUGUGCAAACUAAAGUACUACAACUUCAAUCUCUUCCACACAAUUGAAAAUGGUUUCAUUGCACAGACUGGAGAUCCAACAGGAAGUGGUGUUGGUGGUGAAUCAGUAUGGGGCGUUUUGGAAGGACCGACAAAACGCUUUUUCAAAGCAGAAUAUCAGCCUAAAAUUCGCCACUCCGAACCCGGCCUUCUGUCCAUGGUCAGUUUGGGUGAUAACUUGAUUGCAUCGCAGUUUUUCUUAACGCUGGGAUCCGACCUAAGUUCACUGGAUGGUCAGCAUUGUGUGAUCGGUCAAGUAACCGAAGGAAUGGAAAUAUUACGAUACCUGAACGACGCUAUUUGCGACCAUACCCACCGUCCAUACCAAGACAUCCGGAUCACCCAUACAGUUGUCCUUGAUGAUCCAUUCGAGAAUCCAAGAGGAUUCAGAGCACCUAGUCGUUCACCAUCACCGAGUGCCGAGCGCUUACAGGGUGGUCGCAUCGGAGCCGAUGAAGACAUCGACGAUACAGCGGGAAAAACUGAAGAAGAAGUCCACGAAAUGCUUCAAGAAAGGGAAGCAAAAGCGCGUGCAACAAUUUUGGAAAUUGUAGGCGACUUACCGGAUGCAGAUGUGGCUCCGCCUGAGAAUGUGCUGUUUGUGUGCAAAUUAAAUCCGGUCACUUCCGAUGACGACUUGGAGAUCAUAUUCAGUCGAUUCGGCAAGGUGAAGGGCUGUGAAGUCAUUCGAGACCGGACAUCUGGGGACUCGUUACAGUAUGCGUUCGUUGAAUUUGAAGACAGCAAGGCCUGUGAGAAUGCUUACUUCAAAAUGGACAACGUUUUGAUCGAUGAUCGACGUAUACACGUGGACUUCUCGCAAUCGGUGGCGAAGGUGCAGUGGAAGGGAAAGGGACGUGGAUUGGUUUGGAAAGAUGGCAACAAAACCAAUCGAUUAAAUUUCAAUGACUUGAAGGGCAAAAACAAUUCUGAUAAUGGGCAGAGUUACCGUGAACGUCAACCGAAUCGGAGAGGAGAUUUCAAGGACUCAAGAGACCGACGAUAUGCAAGAUCGCCGAAUUCUAACAAAACAGAGACCAAACGAGGAUAUCAAAGAGAACCGUAUCGACGUAACAAUCUUCAACCAUCUCGGAGCAAAUCUGGGGACAGAACCCUGAACAGAAAGCGUUCCCGAAGCAGAUCACGAGGUAAAAGUGAUCGUAGAAGACGUUCAGUGAGUCGAAGUCGAUCCAGAGAUCGAAAUGUAAAUAAAAGACGGCCAGUAAAUCCAAGCAGAUCUAGAAGUAGGUCGCAUGAAGAUAGGAAUAGUCGGUUCACAUCACGCCAUGAUCGAAAUGACCGUCAUAUCGAUCGAAGACAAUCACCAAAUAAUCAACGUCGUGAUCGAUUUAGAUCACCCGACAUUGCUCGUCAUUCACGCAAAUCGUCACGAUCGCCCGUAUCCAGAAGAAAGUCGCCUGCCAGAGAGCAACGUAAGAGUAAAAAAUCAAAACGUUCCAAAUCAUCGGACAGUGAUUCCCCGGUCAGUACCCGGAAAAAAUCGAAAAAAAGUAAAAACAAACGAAAGAAGAAGAAAUCGAAAAGGGCAUCGACGACAGAAAGCAGUUCCAGCGAUUCGUCGUCAUGAUCGGAUGUUAAGCGUAACAUUUUGAAUAAACGUUCACCUAAUGAG